CUUUACCUAGAAAGUAAGCUUAUCUAAUCUGCUUGUCAACCAUCCAUCUCAUAUGGACUUUAUCCAUCCCUUCCCAUACAAAAUCUCAAUUUCUUUCCCUCUUAUCAUCUUCAAUUACUGCUAACUUCACAAACACCAUAAGAAACAGAACAAUGGCAACAACUUCAGCAACACUCUCUCCUGCAACAUUUGCUGCAGCGACCAUUUCCAGCCCUAGGAGGAAGAGCAUAAAUGUGCAUUACAUAACAGGACUGAAUUCCUUCGGUGGGUUAAAAGCUCACAACAGUGUAACCUCAUUAGGACUGCCUGUAUGUCCUGACCAGUCCUUUGCAAAGGUGGUGAGCUCUCUGAGAACCCCAUCAAAAGCGAAAGGCAGAGGUGGGGGUGCAGUCUCUUCUACUUGCAGUGCUGUUGCUGAGAUAUUCAGGAUUGCAGCAAUCAUGAAUGGCCUAGUUCUUGUUGGAGUUGCAGUGGGAUUUGUUCUUCUUCGAGUCGAAACAUUUGUGGAGGAGUCCGAGUGAGAAUUUGUAGCAACUUAAUUUGGUGGUUGGUUUCUUCCUUGUUCUUAAUUGCAUCUUUGUUCUGUUAUUCAUUUCAUGUAGUGAUGAAGACAUUAAAUUCCUAUUUGAAACUGUAUCAAGAAUUAAAUACUUGAAUAAUGUUCUGGUUUGGAACAGAAUUAAAAGUUGGAUUUAUAACUUUUUGAAA